AUGCUUCUUUGCUCGCGCCUCACUGGCUUCUGCACGGAAGGGACGAAAGCUUUAGCAGCAGCAGCAGUAGCAGCAGAAGCAGCAGCAAUAGCAGCAGCAGCAGCAGCUCCUCUGAGUCCGAAGGAAGUAUACCUACUGCUGCGCCGCGCCAAAGAGCCCGCAGAAGCAGGAGGCCUUCCCGACGCCAAGCAGCAGCAGCAGCUGCUGCUGCUGCUGCAGUUUCUGCUGCUGCGAGGGCUGCUGCUGCAGAGAUAA